AUGUCUGCGUCAGGCCCUCCGCAAGGGCUAGCUGCAAACCCCCAGCAUUAUGAUCAACGUUAUCACCAGGAACAACCCCACCAAGGUCAACCCCACCAACAUCAAGGCCAACCUCACCCAGGCCAACCAGUAUAUGAUCCCUCGGCAGUUAAACUAACCCGGGGGACUAGCUGUGUCCUUUGCCAGCAACGCAAGGUCAGGUGUGACAAGAACAAGCCGUGCGCCAACUGUGUCAAGGCCAACGUUGAGUGCCGCGUGGUUCCUCCCCAACCACCAAGGCGGCGAAAGAAAAGACUCCAGGAACGAGACCUCAUUGACCGCCUAAAAAAGUACGAGUCGCUCCUCAGUGAGAAUGGUGUCAAAUUUGAACCAAUCGGCUCAGAGCUCCGCUCCGAUUCAGCCCCCAUGGACGAAGUGGAGGAACUGGAAAAUGACUUCGAGACUCUGAAAGCGACCCCAGAAACAAGCAUGUCGCCGUCGGGCUCAACUAGCGGAAAGGCUAGUGAGAACUUGAUUCAAAAUUCUUCAGAUGAAGAGGGUGAGCCCGGUUCUCAAAUUCACCGAGCGUUUGAUCGAAUAUUCAGCAACGAAGACGGGUUUCCGUUUAUCGUUGGGGGUUCCUUCAUUCCCGUCACCCAGGCCCACCCGAACCCUAUUCAAAUCUUUCAAUUAUGGCAAAUCUACAUCGACAACAUCAACUCCCUCCUCAAAAUCACACAUGUCCCCACGGUCCAGGCCCAGGUCCUCGGGGCGACUACUCAGUUGGAAAAGGCACCAAAAAACGUGGAGGCUCUGAUGUUCGGCAUUUACCUCAUGGCCAUCACUUCUCUUGAAGAUAAGGAUGUUCAGAGAAUGUUCAGCGAAGAAAAGCAACCCUUGCUUAAGCGAUAUCUCACAGCUACUCAGCAAGCUUUGGUGAAUGCCAGUUUUCUGAAAGCUGAGGACCCUCUGACUCUCCAAGCGUUUGUGCUGUAUCUGUUUGCUGUUCGCUGGUUCAUUGACCCACGCCAACUGUUUUGUCUAAUCGGUAUGGCUGUGCGUCUAGCCCAGCGGAUGGGCCUCCACCGCGACCCUGGGGGCUAUGGCCUUCCUCCUUUUGAGGUCGAGCAGCGGCGUCGACUCUGGUGGGUUAUCGUUGGGUACGAUCGUCGCCUAGGAGAAAUGACCGGAUCAACUGUCACUGCGCUGUCGAGCGGGGGAGACUGCAAGCUUCCACUCAACGUCAAUGACAGUGAUCUCCAUAUUCAGGGCAAGGAGAUGCCUUCGUCACACAAUGGCCCCACGGAAAUGCUCUUUGCCCUCACCCGGGUCGAACUAUCAAUAGCAGUUGCGAGUAAUAGCAAUCGAGAUAGCCAACAGGUCAAUAACCAGUCCGGUGGGAAAGAGGGUUCAACGAGCUCUGCCUCUAGUUCCAAGCCUGAUCAACCGACAUUUCGAUUAGCUAUCCCCGAUUCGCCGACGUACACUCUUGACGGAUUCUGCGCGCAUAUGGAAGGAACAUACCUUGCCCAUUGCGAUUCAAAAAUUCCCCUUCAUUUCUUCACUUUGACGAUGACUAGGCAGUCGCUGUGUAAGAUGCGUAUCAUCAACUUCCUUGUACGCAUGAACAGCUCCGAUAAGAUUCCGCUGAAAGAGGUGGAGCGCGAAGAUCUAUUCUCGCAAGCGACGCAAAUGAUUGAGUACGACAAUGUUGUUCAGUCCUCCGAGAGUCUCGCCCCAUUCAGAUGGUACUCCAGACAUCACUUUCCAUUCCCAGCAUAUAUGUUCCUUGUCCAGGAGCUACGCGCCCGAGUUUCAGGGCCCAGUGUAGAACGAGCAUGGGAUGCUAUUGCUGCCAACUACGAGCUUCGCGGUUUAUUGAAUAAUUUCCACAACCCGAUGCACCAGAUGUUCAAAAACACAUUCAUCAAGGCUUGGGAUGCCCACGAGUCCGCCCAGCGAGCUCUGGGAAAGAACAUUACUGUACCGCGCUUCAUCCAUGUUCUCAGAGAGCGUUCAGAGCAGCGCCGUAUGGAGAAAGCAGAUAUGCAGAGCAUGGAUCACUCGGCCGGGAUGAGCACCCCUUCUCACAGCGGUGAUGCGUCAAUUCACACACCGGGAAAUCACAGCUCCAGCACCGGCAUGUCCCCAGCAGCAGAUUUACAACCGAGUGGUCCUGGGCCAAUGCCCCCAGGACACAUGGCAGGUCCCAGAGGCCAACCCCAGGCUAUGGAUUGGUCCUCAUAUGUCGUUCAAGGAUAUCCAGCCCCAACGCCAUACCAGAACGCAGGCGCCUUUGGCUCCUUUGGAAUGCCGAUGGGUGGAAUGCCGGGAAUGGGUCCUGGCCCUGGCCCUGGGGGUCCAAUGUUUGGAAAUCAACCACCUAGGAUGUGA